UUGUUAUUAGAUUUUUAUUUGUAUUGAGAUUGGAUAUAAUCAAUAAUGUUGUUUUGUAUGGUAUUAAUAAUUAAUUAAAAAUACCGUAUUUUAUACUGGUAUUAAAUACGGUAUCAUACAAAUUCGCAUAAGGCUUCGCUAUACUCAGCGUAAAAGUGGGAGUGCAUUUUGCAAGUGUAGAGAAGGAGAUAAGAUAAAAAUACGAGACAAAACACUCCACCUCGAUCAUUAUGCAAUCAUACACAUGAUGCGCAUUAAUUAUUUUGCAAUUAGUCAAACAGUUCAACGAGUUUACUUCAUUUUUAUUUAAUUAUCUAUAGAUUUUAAGUAAUUAUUAAAAUUCAAACAUAUUAUUGGCAAAUAUAUCUGAACAAGUUAUUUGUGGAGCUAUGGAAAAUCUUCCAGCAACUUAUGUUGAAGGUUUCCACGACCUUGAGGCAGUAAAAAAAAUGGAAUACAAACAAUUAGGAAAAACAGGAUUAAUGGUUAGCAAAUUGUCAUAUGGAGGAGGUCCACUUGGAUGUCAUUACGGAAUUCCCGAUGAAAAUGAAGCGAUUGAAGCAAUAAGGUUUGCCAUUCGUCAGGGAAUAAAUUACAUUGAUACAGGACCAUGGUAUGGGCAAGGAAAAUCAGAAACUAUUAUUGGCAAAGCAUUAAAAGGAAUUCCUAGGAAAGCAUAUUAUAUUGCUACAAAAGUUGGAAGAUAUGAACUGGAUUUUGAUAAUAUGUUUGAUUUUUCUGCAGAAAAAACUCGAAAAAGUUUUAAAAAAAGUUUAGAAAGACUUGGAGUUAAUUAUGUUGAUGUAUUGCAAGUUCAUGAUAUUGAAUUUGCUCCGUCGUUAGACAUAAUUAUUACUCAAACUCUUCCUGAGUUAUCAAAGCUAGUGAGUGAAGGCAAGGUAAAAAAUAUUGGAAUAACUGGUUAUCCAGUGUCAGUAUUGAAAGAGUGCAUUGAAAAAAGUAACAUUAAUAUUGCAUGUGUCUUAUCAUAUUCACGCUACACACUUAUUGAUGAUACUUUGCUGAAAUACAUUCCAUUUUUUAAGGAGUUCAACAUUGGCUUGAUCAGUGCUGCAGCACCUUGCAUGGGUUUGCUCACAGAUCAAGGACCACCUGCAUGGCAUCCAGCUGAUGAUGAUGUAAAAAAACAAUGCAAAAAUGCCGUUGAAUAUUGUCAAAAUCAUGGCAGUAAAAUUGUUAAACUCGCUGUUUGGUUUUCAAUGCAGUGCAAAGAUAUCGAUACACAUUUAAUUGGCAUGAUGAAUGUCAAAGAAGUUGAAUCAAAUCUUGCUACACUCCAUGAUGGAAUUACAGAUAAAGAACAACAAUUGCUCAACGAAAUACAAAACAAAUAUUUAUCAAAUAUCAAAGGGCGUCAUUGGGAAAAUAAAGAGCUUACAAUUUAUUGGAAUAGCAUAAAAAAAUAAGGGUUUUUUUUAUAAUUAAAUUUCGAUUUCAUAAAAUUUAUCGCACAAGUGAAAUUUUUGUGUAACCAAUAAAUAUAAUCAUUUAAAUAUCAUGAUAUAUUUUUAAAUUUUUAAUUUUUAUAUUAAUUGUAAUUUACAAAAUAAUAAAUAUUUAUUUUUAUCUAUUUUAUCAAAGACAAAAUAGACAAAACUGCUUUGUAAAAAAUAAAAAUGCUCAUCUGCACAUGUGCCUGCGCAGAAAUUUAUUGUAAACAAUUGAUAAAGUUAAUUACACUUGACAAUGUUAACAGCUCAUUGUCUAAUAAUAAUUCCAUUAAAUAUAUUGCUUUAAUAAGUAUUAAUAAAAUUUAUAAAAAACAAUAAAUAAAAACAGAAAAUAAAUGAUGUAUUAUACUAAAUUAAUAUGUAAAAAACUUAGGUAUGAUAAUGGUGCAAGAUUGAUUGUGAACAAUGUAAAAGUAGCUUAAAAAAAAUUGUGCAGUGUUGUUCAACAAUCCAUAAAUCUUGUCAAUUGUCAUCUUGAUGAAUCUCAAUUCUCAAGCACUGACAUUUUUAUAAUUUGUGACUGUCUAAAGAAAUCCAUAAGCACUGCAACAAUCAUAGUUUAAUCAGACAAAUAAAUCCACGAUCAAGUGAUCAUGGAGAAAUUUAUUUAUCCAGAAGCUCGAAGAGAUGAAGAAUUUUCGGAAAUAUAUCAUGGAGUAGAG